UGCACACAAAGACGGAAGUGCGUAAGAGGGAGUUAUCUCACUUCCUUACAUUCCUCUUUGGACCUUUAAUAUUCGUUCUUUCUCAGUGCCUGUCUCAACUAACAACCGGCUUUAAUAAUGACUGAUUGUUUUUGGUAUUUAACCACGCACCCAUUUAUAUGGAUCAUACUUUAGUUUCACGUCUUAUCUGUAAAGAAGGACAAGUUCGUCUUGGCGGGCGUCACAGUUAGCUGACGUUACAGUAGUAAAUGUAAGCUUAGCUAACUUCGCUAGCGCAUGCUAUCUUAAAGGAACGAAGCAAAGUAGCUUUAACGCCUCAGAGUACACGUUUUCCCCUCACAGGCUCUGUCCCAACGAGGCUAUUUUCCACCUAGCUGUCUAGUUCGUCGGAUUUUGAUAUCGCUAACAAGCUAAACGGUAUCCUCGGCUGUCUUGGCUGAGUUUUGCUGGGUUGGCGAAAUCGAGGUUUCAUCAUCUUCGACCGGAAUUAUGGACUUUGACAACAUACUGAAUAUCGCGUCUCAAAACCAGGGACUCAGCAACGUACAGAAGAGAUACAGUCUACAAACUGGACCACCCAAAAAGGACCCCAAGUCUAAAGGCGUGAGUGCUGCAGCUGUGCAGGCUCUGCUGAAGAAGCAACAUGUGGAAAACAAAAAGAAAGAAUUGCAGAUGAAGAAAAAGAAAGAGGAGCUAUUGGCGAAGAGGGUUGAGUUGAAGUCGGACCGCAAAGCCCGAGCCAUGGCCUCCAGGACUAAGGACAAUUUCAAGGGCUAUAAUGGUGUCCCAUUAGUAGAGGCUCCUAAAAAGAGGGGCUCAAAACAAGACGAGCUGGAUAAAGACGAUGACCGGUUUAGGAAUAACUCCGUUGACCCGCUGGAUGAUGAAGAUAACUAUGAGUAUGAUCAGACGGACUCGGAGCCGGAGCCGGAGCCGGAGGUGCUCAGACCAGGAAGGAUCCCGGGUGUCGGUGGAGGCAGCGGGGGGAAGUUGCUUCCUAAAAAGCCCAGCGGACCCUCCAAACCUGGUCCGUCUCCCCUGAACUUUGCCGACUUACUAAAGUUGGCAGAGAAGAAGCAGUUCGAGCCAGUUGAGCUGAAAGCCAAGGUGGUGAAGAAGGAAGACAGACUCCGCACAGCUGACGAGAUCCGGGAACUGGAGAUGGAGCGCAAGGCUAAGAAGCUCGACAAAAAUAAAGACUCCAGGGUAGAGAAGGAAAGGGAUGGAAAGUCUCAUUCUAGCUCCAGUUCGAUAAGGAAAGGCUCCCUGGAGAAAGAGCAGAAGCAAUACCGACCUCAGAAGAACUCUUCAGAGAGGCCAAGUCUGCCCGGUGGGUCCAGCAAGAAGCUGCAGCCGCCAUCAACGGCCGAGCGAGGUCAUCCUUCGUCCAAGCCUUCUGCCGGCGACAGAGAAAGGGAUAGGCAGAAAGUUGCACACAACGAUAGAGGAAAAUCCAGGAUGAGCUCGUCCAGUGCCAUAAAUAGUAAAGUCCCGUCAAAAGCCACGUCAUCUCAGGUUUCUGCCAAACAGGUGGGCCCCGGGCCCUCGUCGAACCACAGACCCAGCGCCUCAAGUGACCUUAGCUCCAAAAGAGAUGGUCUGUCGUUACUUCAAAAAGGAUGUCCAGGUGUUCCGGGGUCCAGGCCCUCCAGCGAAGCCGGAGCGGGUCAGAAGCCUCUGCAGGGGAGGCCUCAGCAGACCAGGCCGGGUCAGGGUAGCUCUGUCCGGCCGCCGCCCGCAGCCGGGGGCACCAGGCCCAGCAAGGGGGAGCCGCUGAGGCCCGGAGGCAACUCAGCCGCCAGGCCGGGCGUAAACGCAGCGAUGAGGCCGUCCCCCGGCGGUCAGCUGAAAGCGGGGAGCCAGCCUCAGGGACGGCCCGGGGCCGCGCCCCUCUCCCGGCCCGGGGGGGCGCCCCAGGCCAGGCCGGGCGGGAGCGGCCCGCAGGGACACCCCGGGCGCGGCGGGGCCCGGCCCCCCGGAGCCGAGCAGGGCAGAGGCCCCGGCGGCGGCCCGUUACCGGGGCGACAGGCGGGCGGCUUCGGCUCCGGCCCCGGAAGACCAAAGUGCACCGUGGUGUCGGAGACCAUUUCGUCUAAGAACUUCGGCGGGCCCAGGCCGGGGGUCCACCUCCAGCCGGGGAUGCAGCAGAGGCCCGGCAUGGGGCCCAGGCCGGGAAUGCCACCCAGACCGGCCAUGAACAGACCACCAGGAUCGAUGUUACCGCCCAUCACAUCUGCAUACAAGAGGAAGUACGAUGAUGAGGAGGAAGAGUACGACUCGGAGAUGGAUGAUUUCAUCGACGAUGGAGGCGAGGAGCAGGAUGAAAUUUCCAGACACAUCAAACAAAUCUUCGGCUAUGAUCGAACCAAAUACAAAGAUGAGAGCGACUAUGCACUUAAAUUCAUGGAGAGCAGCUGGAAAGAUGUUCAGAAAGAGGAAACUAGAAGUUUGCGACUGGCUGUCCAAGAGGAUCUGGAGGAGGAGAAAAGGGAGGAAGAGGAGCUAAAAAGGAAAAAAGUCAAAAGGAAAAGACCUAACUGA